AUGCCAUCCACGCAUAAGAAAGACAAGCCAUGGGACACCGACGACAUCGACAAGUGGAAGAUCGACGAUUUUAAUGCCGAAGACAACAAAGGUGGUACAUUUGCUGAAGAGUCUUCUUUUGCCUGCCUUUUCCCAAAAUAUCGAGAGGUCUAUCUGAAGCAAGCAUGGCCGCUGAUUACGAAAGCACUAGAGAAGCGCGGAAUAGCAUGCACUCUUGACCUGGUCGAGGGUCGCAUGGAAGUGAAGACGACGCGCAAAACAUUCGACCCUUCAUCUAUCCUCGACGCUCGCGAUCUGAUCAAGCUGUUGAGUCGAAGUGUGCCGGCGCCACAGGCUAUAAAAAUACUGGACGAUGGCGUGGCAUGCGAUGUGAUCAAAAUUCGUGGUUUGGUCAGGAACAAGGAGAAGUUCGUGAAGAGACGUCAAAGAAUUUUGGGUCCUAAUGGUAGCACUCUCAAAGCGCUCGAAUUAUUGACUGAGACAUAUAUACUGGUACAAGGUAAUACUGUCUCGGCUAUGGGUCCAUUCAAGGGUCUAAAGGAAGUUCGUCGCGUUGUCGAGGACUGCAUGAACAAUGUUCAUCCUAUUUAUCACGUCAAGGAGUUAAUGAUCAAGCGCGAGUUAGCGAAAGAUCCAAACCUCAAGAACGAGAACUGGUCCCGAUUUCUGCCAAACUUCAAGAGAAGGACGCUCAACAAGAGGCGCAUACCAUUCAAAGUCACAGAUAAGACCAAGAGAGUGUACACUCCAUUUCCACCACCUCAAGAAAAGAGUAAAGUCGAUCUGCAAAUUGAAAGCGGCGAAUACUUUCUGGCCAAGCAGGCUAAAGAACGAGUGCACAAAGCAGAAAAGCUCGAGAAACAGAAAGUGAGGAAAGACGAGCGUGAUAAGGAGCGAGCUGCAGCAUUUGUGCCACCUAAUGAAGAUGCAGACGAGCCGAAACGAAAAAAGAAGAGGCAGCAUGAAGACGGGGAUGAGAAGGUCCGCAAGAUGGUUAAGGUAGAGCAGUGA